AUGGCUGCAGGACUCUGGGUUCCCCUGUUGGUGCUCAGGUUGCUACUUCUCUUGCUGUGUGUUGAGCCCUGGGCUGAGGGUGGGAAGGUGCUGGUGGUGCCCUUGGAUGGCAGCCACUGGCUCAGCAUGAGAAAGGCUGUGCAGGAGCUCCAUGCCAGGGGCCACCAGGCAGUUGUCCUUGGGCCUGAGAUAAAUAUGCACAUCACAGGAGAUGACUUCUUCACCCUGAAAACCUAUGCCAUUCCAUACACCCAGGAAGAAUUUGACGACCUCUUCGUGCUCCAGAAUCACCUGAUUUUUGAAAAUGAACAUUUUCUGAAGACGUUUUUUAAAAUGAUGACAAUUUUUCCAACUAUAGCUGCAUUCUUUCAAAGGUCUUGUGAAAAUCUUUUGCAUAACAAGGACUUGAUCAAGUAUCUGAAUGAUAGCUCCUUUGAUGUGGUUUUAACGAACCCUAUUAAUCCCUGUGGGACAGUGCUGGCCAAGUACCUGUCAGUUCCUGCUGUGUAUUUUGUGCGUUUCAUUCCAUGUGGAUUGGAUUUUGAGGGCACGCAAUGUCCAAACCCAUCUUCGUAUAUUCCUAGGCUCUUAACAAGGAAUUCAGACCACAUGACAUUUCUGCAAAGGGUCAAGAACAUGCUCUACCCUCUGGCCCUGCAGUACUUUUGCCGUGUUUUUUUUGCACCUUUUGCAAGCCUUGCCUCUGAGCUCCUUCAGAGAGAGGUGUCUGUGGUGGACAUUUUCAGCUAUGGAUCUGUGUGGCUGUUCAGAGGAGACUUUGUGAUGGACUACCCUAGGCCGAUCAUGCCUAACAUGGUCUUCAUUGGGGGCAUAAACUGUGCCAACAGAAAGCCACUCUCUGAGUUUUUCCAUGUGAAUAUGUUUUCAGGCGUUAACUGCAUUGGUUCAAAUCUCACUGCCAUUUUUCCAGCUGGAUGA